AUGAAGUUAUCUAUCUAUCUAUCUAUCUAUCUAUCUAUCUAUCUAUGCCAUGCUAUUCAUAUCUAUCUAUCUAUCUAUCUAUCUAUCUAUCUAUCUAUCUAUCUAUGUCAGUCUAUUCGUAUCUAUCUAUCUAUCUAUGCUAGUCUAAUCAUAAUUAUCUAUCUAUCUAUCUAUCUAUCUAUCUUUCUAUCUAUGUCAGUCUAUUCAUAUCUAUCUAUCUAUCUAUCUAUCUAUCUAUCUAUCUAUCUAUCUAUCUAUGCCAUGCUAUUCAUAUCUAUCUAUCUAUCUAUGUCAGUCUAUUCGUAUCUAUCUAUCAAUCUAUCUAUCUAUCUAUAUAUCUAUCUAUGCUAUCUAAUCAUAUCUAUCUAUCUAUCUAUCUAUCUAUCUAUCUAUCUAUCUAUCUAUCUAUCUAUCUAUCUAUCUAAAUGUCUAUGUCAUGCUAUUCAUAUCUAUCUAUCUAUCUAUCUAUCUAUCUAUCUAUGUCAGUCUAUUCAUAUCUAUCUAUCUAUCUAUCUAUCUAUCUAUCUAUCUAUCUAUCUAUCUAUGCCAUGCUAUUCAUAUUCAUCUAUGUAUCUCAGUUUGUUCACAUCUAUCUAUCUUCUAUCUAUCUAUCUAUCUAUCUAUCUAUCUAUCGUAGUCUGUUCAUUAUCUGUCUAUGUCUGUUCAUAUCUAUCUUCGAUAUCCAAGGCUGCCAGUGAUGUAUGGCAAUUCUUAUAUCUAUCUAUCUAUCUAUCUAUCUAUCUAUCUAUCUAUCUAUCUAUCUAUCUAAUUCUGCUUAAUAUCUACCUAUCUAUUGAUCUGAUUCUGGACAACUAUCUAUUUAUCUAUCUUCCCUAG